AUUACUCUUUUUCAAUCUGCAGAAUGUAAUCGGAAUAUUGCGGUGUCGUAAUGUCGUUGUUUGCUGGCGUUCCGUUGCAUCGAAGUGAUGUGCAUAUUAGUGAUUCGUAUGCCAAUUUCCUGGAGGACCUGUGGCAGUGUGAGUCUGCUGAAGUCGAGUCGGUUCUAUCGGAGGAAGAAAUAGGCACUUGGGAUGACCCACGAUGUGAAACGUUUUUAUCGUGUGAAACGUCCAACUCCGCGGUUUCUUUGAUUCCGGGGAUCGGGGAACUUCAGUGGCUCUUCAGGAACGAUGUCUCCCAGCCUUCUUUAUCCGAAGCCUUAGCAUCAGAAAGUUCAAACUUGUUCCCUUUCAAUGACGUUGACCUGGAAGUUAAUUUGGAAUGUUCCGAGAACCCUGAAGACAAUGUAUCAAUCAUGUGUCAUGAUGCAGAAAAUUUGGACGAAUUGAUUCCCGCUUGGCACAGUGCAUGUGUGCGGCUCGGUCGAUUGCCUCGACAGGAUUUCUCCUUGAAAUUGACCAAAAGUCUACUGAUGAAAUUGAUCUCUGAAGGAGCUGUUGGCAACGUCACGAGUCCGUUUGCCAUCGACCUGGUCACUGGAAAGAUUUCAACGAGAGGGCUUUUGGGCGGAACCGUGCUGAGUCCCGAAGCCGUCACGAACGCGUUGGCGUCAAUUUUCGAACUGGGUAAUGCAGUCAAUCAAUUAGCAUCACUAGGAAGAAAACUUCACAAACGAAACGUCGGAUCUCAUCAUUCUUGGAACCGAGUAUUGGCGAAUGUGGGAUUUUUUGUUCUCAAAUACGUGUGCGCGUACCGCGAACUGUCGUGCAUUGAUUUGCCACACGAAAUCAAUGGGCACAUUUUGGAGGACAAUUCUAGAGGACUCGUCGAGUGGAAAAUUUCAGCGACGUUGGAGAAGAUUGAGUGCUUCGGGCGAAGUUCAUCUCUACUCUCCAGUAUUAUCCUGGAUCUGAUGAGUCGGAUCAAGAAGCUGAAGAUUACUACCUCUCUGGAAGUGAUACAAUUCUUGUGCAAUGCUGUCGAUAGAUCAUAUGUUUCGUCUGAGCGAUGGGUUGCUGUCGGUGUCGCGAAAUUCGCCAUCGACGCAUACAUGAGUUGCCUGAAGCGGGGGUUUGUUGAAGGAAUUGACCUCGACGACCUUCCCGACAAAUUCACGGAAGGAUCAACAUCAUGCGAAAUCAUAAAGAAAUUACGAGCCACGGUUUCUUUCAAAGAUUCCGAGUUUCUGAAUGCUGCCUUGAGACUGUGCGCAGAAACAGUCGGAUUAAUGAAACGUGCGAACACCGAUUUUGAAACCAUUCGGGAACUUCAAACCAUGGACUUCGCGCCGUGUUACACUUUUCUGGACUUGAGUAGAAGAAAGCGUCAGUUGGCCGCGUUUGAAGAUAUGGCUUGCGCUGAAAUUUUGUCGGUUAAAGAUCAACUGGAGGAGGAUCGGAGGAAGUUGGAAAGUCAAUGGGCAGAGGUUAUCGCCAGCAUAGAGGAUCGAAGUAUUGCCGUGCUUCGUGAAAUUCGUGAAUUUCAACGCCAGGAAAGUGAGAAGAUCUACGAAAGAAAACGAAUCGUUUUCGAACAAGCACAAGCAGCUUUGGAGACGUAUCAGGUGGAACUUCGUCGACGCAAGGAAGAGGAAGUUUUCCUGGAACUGAAGGCUGCGAAAGAACGUGCAGAGAUGGAUGCCAAAAGAGCUUCUCGCGAGGCUGCUUUAAAGGAUGAAAUCAUCGCCAAGUAUUCAGACAAAAAUGACGAGAUGGACGAAGAAACUCGUAAAAUGAAGUGGCGAGAGAAACGACUGGGUGUGGGUGGAAAAAAAGUGUUGCAACCUGAUCAAGCAGCGGAAUUUUUCUCGGGGUCUUUGGAGACACUGCCGCAAUGGGCUAGAAAAGGAAUUGCAGAUCCUGCUCCUGUCGUCGUGAAAGAAAGGCCCCUCUGGGAUAAAGUGGAUGGACCAACCGAAGUUCCUCAAGUGAGAUUGCCCAAGUGGGCAGCCGACCACGUGACCGUUGAGCCGUUUGACGUGGAGUCCUUUGAAAAUCGUGCCGUCGAACGGGUGACAAACCGUGAUAAAGUCAUGGGAACGGAUUUGGAUGAGAUCCUCCAGCAUUCGGACGCUGCCGUUUUCGGGAAAGGGAGAUCGUUGGAAGAUGCCAAGAUCUGCGAGCCGUCUGCUGCUGAAAAUUUAGGAAACCAGUCCAAAGACGAGGCUCUCUGCAAGUUUCUUAGUUUGGAUAGGACUGAGUCGAAUUCUGGAAAGAUUUUUGAAAUGUUGGAAACCAUGGAGCUACCGCGUGAUGUUUCUUGGGACGAUCCUUCUGUCACGGGCUCUGAUCUGAGCAUUUCGAUAAAAGAUCCCGAAACGGGUUCGGCGGAGGACGGCUACAAGCGGUAUUACGAGCAAAAAUUGGGAAUUCCGGCUGUUGAAGAUGCGUGUCUUUUCUCUUCGCUUAUUUUCCAAUCGAUUGCGGUUGAAGCCAAACUGAGGCUGACAUUGGUGGAUCGGGCUUUUGUGAGUUGGAUCCUGAACAAAUCUGGUGCUGGUGUUUUGAAGAAGCUGGAAUCUGUUUGGACGUUGUUCUUCCUGCAAGAUCCCUAUGUAUCAAGUCAUCUUGCCCGAACGCUCAGGGAUGAAGAGUACUGCCAAAAAUGGUAUUCGAAAGGACGAAGUGUGUAUGGAGUUCCAGAACCAGUUUUUUCCCACGUUCUUUGGCAAGAAGCGCUUGAAUCAUCAGUCGACUGUGAUUCUUAUACAGACUGUGCAAGCACUUUCAAAUUUGCUAUACAGCAGCCUCCAUUGUAUAAAGGUGAUUGUGAGCGGUUGCCGAAUGCCGUGUUGAAUUGCAGUCCCGCAUGGCCUCUCGAUCUUUUACUGACCCCCGAAAAUCUGGAAAAGUACAAUAGAGUAUUCGUACUCUUGCUGCGACUGAAAAUUAUUUCAGAGAACCUUCUGGCAGUUUAUGCAGCUUUGAAGCAGUUGACAGGAAGAAGUAGCCGAGAUGCGAAAAACACCUGUGCGGUGGCAAGUAAUCCGGAGUACAGAUCUUUUCUGGUUCAGCGACUGGAAAUGUCGCAUUUUGUGUCAGCUUUAAUGCAGUUCUUCGAAAGUCAGCAAAUUCGAGCCUGUCUUCAGGAGUUCAAGGAAAAUUUGAUGAACGAGGUUCUAUCUUGGAGACAUUUUAUUCACUUGCAUUCUGAAAUGGUGGAUCGGGUACACUACAGAUGCCUGUUGGGUAACGACAAACGUUCAGGUUACCUGCUG